CUGAUUUUGACAAUCAUAAUAAUUUGUCAUUCAUUUUUAGUUUUCGUAUUUUUCAAACCAAAUGAAUCAAAUUGUAAACAUUUAUUGUAACGUCAAAUGAUAUAUAAAUAAAAAUCAUACGAUCAUCUAGAAGAUGGUGAGAUUAUUAAAUAAGAUAUGGAAUUUUAAUUCAUGUGCAUAUAAUAUAAGGAUACUCAAAAGUAGUUCUUUUAGACGCUGUUCUAGCUCUACUAACGAUGUUGAAGCUGUUGACAUGUCAAGAAUAAGAAAUUUCAGCAUAGUGGCACAUGUUGACCAUGGUAAAAGCACCCUAGCUGAUCGGUUGCUUGAGUUAACCGGAGCUAUAAAACCGGGCAACGAAAACAGCCAAGUCUUGGACCAACUUCAGGUGGAGAGGGAAAGGGGCAUAACUGUUAAGGCUGUAACAGCAUCUUUGAAUUACAAAUACAAGAAUGAAGACUAUCUUUUGAAUCUAAUAGAUACCCCCGGACAUGUUGAUUUUUCCAAUGAGGUGGUUCGUAGUGUAAAAGCAUGUCAAGGAGUAAUAUUCCUAGUAGAUGCAAAUGAAGGUGUUCAGGCUCAAACCGUUGCGGUUCACUCUCUUGCAAAAAGAAACAACUUAAUUAUAAUACCCACACUUAAUAAAGUUGAUUUGCCAAGAGCAGACCCGGAAAAUACAAAAUCGCAGUUAAAAUCUCUAUUCAAUAUAGACCCUGAUACCGUAUUAAGUAUAUCUGCGAAAAAAGGAUGGGGAGUGCAAGAGUUAUUGGAAGCUGUAAUUACGAGAAUACCACCACCCAAAGCUGAUUUAAACAAACAUUUCAAAGCCACAAUAAUAGAUACAUGGCAUGAUAAAUAUAGAGGUGUAAUGUGCUUGGCCUAUAUUGAAUCUGGUUCAAUUGAAGUUGGGCAGACAGUGAAAUGGAGGUCAGAUUUGAAGCAGCAUACGCUGAAGUAUUUGGCGCUGUUACGACCGAAUGAGGAACCUAUUGAAAAGGCUGUCGCUGGGCAAGUAGUAAUGGUGGGUUGCGGACCUAAAGGCGGUGGAUCCGUAGGCGAUGAACUGCUAUCCCUAGAAUCAGCUGAAGAAACAAAAGUAGCAUCGGCUCCAACAGUUAAACACAUGGUUUACGCUGGAAUAUUCCCUUCAGAUCAGUCCCAACACACGCAGCUCAGUGACGCUAUCAAAAAAUUGGCUUUGAACGAUUCAGCAGUCAGCGUCAAUGUAGAUUCUAGUCCAGCUUUAGGUCAAGGAUGGAGAAUCGGAUUCCUGGGACUUUUGCAUCUGGACGUAUUCACGCAACGCCUUUUGCAGGAGCAUAAGGCCGAAGCUAUUCUGACUGCUCCGUCCGUGCCUUACAAAAUAAAAGUGAAAGGCGCUAAAGCUAUAAAACAGUAUAAAGGUGAAGAGGUAAUCAUCACGAAUCCCUUACUAUUGCCGGAUCCUCAUAACAUCGUCGAGUACUACGAGCCAUACGUGAUUGGCACAAUAAUCACUCCAGUGGAAUACAUCGGUGCUGUAAACACACUUUGUGUGGAUCGACGGGGUACCCCCCUCCCGUCAAGUUCUGUCGACGAAAAGAUGACAAUGAUGCAGUUUAUCUUACCACUCUCCGAAGUCGUCAUAGACUUUCACGACACAUUGAAGAGUUUGACUUCCGGAUUCGCCAGCUUUGACUAUCAGGAUUAUGGAUUCCACUCGAGCUCUUUAGUAAGGAUGGAUAUACUAAUAAAUGGCGCUUUAGUGGAUGAACUAACAACGAUAGUGCAUACCAGCCGUUUAGAGUACAGCGCCCGCAGACUGACAACGAAACUCAAAGAAAUGAUCCCACGACAGAUGGUUCAGAUCGCCAUCCAGGCCGUUGUGUCUGGAAAAGUUUAUUCGCGGGAAACACUGAAGGCGUAUCGGAAAGAUGUAACCGCUAAACUGUAUGGUGGGGACGUGACUCGAAGAAAAAAACUAUUAAAACAACAAGCCGAAGGGAAAAAGAAGAUGCGGAGUGUUGCCAACAUUAAAAUACCACGAAACACAUUUGUAGAUGUACUAAAAAGAUAGUAUAUUUAGUACGUUAAUAUUUAGUGAAUAAAUUAAUUAUUAUUAGUG